CGACGCGGGAGCAGGAAUAUGCAGAAGAGAUUCAGCAACCAGGCCAGCAAUGCUUUCCAAUAAAACUUGCACUUUUGGACGUGCCCCGGAGAAGGGGAUGUUGACCGAGAGCGGGCUCCCCGUCACGCCGAGCGUGCAGCUAGUGCUGGCGGCCGCUCUCUCCCUCCUGCUCGGGCUGCGCGGCUGGUGCUGGCUCCAGUGCCAACGGCGGGGCUGGCACCGGAGGAGCCCGCCGGGCCCUUUCCCCUGGCCCCUGAUCGGCAACGCGGCGCAGAUCGGCCCGGCCCCCCACCUCUCUUUCUCUAGGAUGGCCGAGAAGUACGGCAGCGUGUUCCGCCUGAAGCUGGGCAGCCGCACGGUGGUGGUGCUGAACGGGGAGGAGACCAUCCGCCAGGCGCUGGUCAGGCAAGGGGGGGACUUCUCGGGCAGACCCGACUUCACCUCGUUCGGCGUGGUGUCCGGCGGCCGGAGCCUGGCCUUCAGGAGCCACGGGGACCUGUGGAGGCUCCACCGCAAGGUGGCCCACUCCACCGUGCGGGCUUUCUCCACCAGCAACCUGGCCACCAAGAAAGCCUUCGAGCAGCAUGUGGUGUGCGAGAUGCACCAGCUCAUCAGCCACUUCCUGCAGCGGAGCCGGGCGGGGGGUUACUUUGACCCGUGGGUCAGCGUGGUGGUGGCCGUGGCCAAUGUCAUGAGCGCCGUCUGCUUCGGCAAGCGGUACAGUCACGACGACCAGGAAUUCCGCUCGCUGCUCUCCAAGAACCACCGCUUCGGGCAGACAGUGGGAGCCGGCAGCUUGGUGGACAUCAUGCCCUGGCUCCAAUACUUCCCCAACCCCGUCCGCAGCGUCUUCCAGGACUUCAAGCAGCUCAACAGGGACUUCCACACCUUCAUCCAGGAGAAAGCGCAGCAGCACCGCCGGCUUUUCCGCCUGGACCGGGUCCGCGACAUGAUGGACGCUUUCAUCCGCAUCAUCGACUACGAGAAGGUGAGCAGCGACAAGGGCUUGAGGCUGAGCCCCGACUACGUGGACGCCACGGUGGGCGACAUCUUCGGGGCCAGCCAGGACACCCUGUCCACCGCCCUGCACUGGAUGACCCUCUACCUGGUCUGGUGCCCCGAAGUCCAGCUGAAGAUCCAGGAGGAGGUGGACAGGGUGGUGGGCAGGGGGAGGAUCCCCACCAUCGAGGACCAGCCCCGCAUGCCCUACCUCAUGGCCUUCCUGCACGAGUCCAUGCGCUUCAGCAGCUUCGUGUCCCUCACCAUCCCGCACGCCACCACCCGGGACACGCUCCUCAACGGCUACUACAUCGCCAAGGGCACCGUGAUCUUCGUCAACCAGUGGUCGGUCAACCACGACCCCCAGAAGUGGCGCCAGCCCGAGACGUUUGACCCCAGCAGGUUCCUCAGCGAGGACGGCACCUUCAACAAGGACCUGGCCAGCCGGGUGAUGAUCUUCUCGGUGGGGAGGAGGAGGUGCAUCGGGGAUGAGCUGGCCAAGCUGCAGCUCUUCCUGUGCGUCUCGCUCCUGAUGCACCAGUGCACCUUCACCGCGAACCCCCGGCAGCAGCUCACCCUGGACUUCAACUAUGGCUUAUCCAUAAAGCCCAAGGCUUUCACCAUCAACGUGACUCUGCGGGACACCAUGGAACCUCUGCAGGCGGCCGUCCAGAGAAUCCAAGCCGAGGACAACCAGUAACUUCUGGCUCUUCUUUGUGAGUUAAAAACGAAAUACAGAAGAGUUUACAAUUAAAAAAAACCGAUUCCAACCUGACUGUGGCGUCCAGGUCCGAGCGCCGCUUGAGGCUUGUUGCUGUUGACUUUAACCCAAUGUUGACUUUAACCCACUAGUGGUGUUGCACCUCAUGGUUCGUGUGCCAAUGGCUGGAGAAAAGGUAUAGUUUUGUGGGAAUGGUGAAACGAGUCCCCGUGUACUGACCUAAGUGCCUACUUGGGCAGCAAGAAGUGGGCAAUAAAUGGGGAUCCUGUAUAUAACCUACUCCCAACAUUGGCGCAGGGGCUUUCCGGCGAUCAGCCUGACACAGACUCGAAAUCAAACGAGUUUUUAAGAGUGAUCGUCCGCGCACACAUAUCCACACUUGAACCCGAGAUUCAGAACUUGAUGACAUUAAAUAGUCUCCCGAAACUGCUUUAGGUGCGGAGGGAGCACAGCACCUGAAGUUUGCCGACAUAACCAACAGUGACCCCCAACUCGGAAAGUCAUUCGCUGUGUGAGAGGCUCUGAGCUAUUUCCAAACACUGAUUUCAGCUUCCGCCCUUCCUCUACUAUCCCCAUUGCCACUUUCGGAUUUUCAGUAAUGUGAUGAUUUGAAAUAGUGAUUCCAAACUGACGAUCCUCAGGUCUUCAUUUCUGAUGAGUGACCUACACUGUCCUGUAUCGGAACAUUGACCACCCUCCUGACCCAAGCCCAAUUCUUCACUUCCUGCUCAAGAGCAUUCCUGCAAGCUGUGAAGCGGGGACAAACCAGUUACUGAAGCCCACUGGCUCUUUUCUGCAACGAUUGACAGUGUUUCAGGUAGAGCCGGGGUUGGAGGUAUAUUAACAGACCCGAACGCCGCCACUGUACUACAAUCAGGUUUCCCCCGCGUGUCUGACGCUGUAAGCUCAAACACAAAGAUUUUGAUAUGUUAAUCAUGCCUUCCAGUAUUAUCACCUUAUUCAAAGCGGCAUGUACUUUAUUCCCGUUCUGUUACUUUGUGGAGGCUAAAGCUAUGGGCACAUUGGAUUGGUUGUAGUGAGAGACAAGCUCUCCCACGCACAGUUGCAGCAAAAGCUUAUCAAUGUUCAGGACAGGUAGUCGGAAAUGGGAGGGAAUUAAUCUUGUCAAAAAUUGCAAGCGGCGUCACUCCGGUGGUCUCAUUUGGAAGGCGAAACUGCUUCACAGUUUGCACAGAUGCUUGCCCCUAAAUCGACGACUCAAUGCUUUCGUCUGCACCUUAAUUUGGCUACAACCUUCUUUGCUGGGACACCACUGCGCUUAACCAAAAUCAAAUGCGCCGAUCAAACUUUCCGUAACUGGGCAGUCAUUGUAAUUUUACAUUACAUGGAAGCCAUCAUUUUUAUCAAAAGUUAAUAGAUAAGUCUCAGUGCUUCUUCAGAUACAAUCCAGUGAGUACCGAUGAUGACAGUUUUUAAAUCAAUAACUUAAUAACUUUAAGGUAAAGUAUCAUAUAGCAGUAAUGAAACUGGAAGAUCUGAAUAAAGCGACGGCCGCGGAUCAGGUAGCGGCAUCAGACGCGCAGUAAUUGAUUAUGUUGCUAAUGAAGGUAAAAUUACAAGAGAGAAAAUAGCUACAGUGCAAACGAAUAAUAAUUGUGCUUUUAUAUGUUAAAUGAACCGCUGUACAAAUAAUUAGAGCCUGUUAGAAAUCAAUGAAAUGACAAGAUUUGGCAGGAUCUCAAGCUCAUGAUAGCUACCAGAAUUGCUGUUUGUUACAGAACAAAAAUGUAAUUGUGUUGACUGUUAAAAAUAAUAUGUUACUACUAACCCAGUUGAUUAAGGCACAACCUGGUAUGAAACUGACUAUUAUGGAAGACGACUCUUCCACGUUUGAUAUAGGGUCUGUGCUGUUAGCUGGUCUCAGCCGGAACAACGAUUGGCCUCCUCAUGCCUGGGCAAUGGCAAGGGGAAAAAUAAUCACCCACUGCUGAUCAUUAUCCUCUGACUCUUGCUGAAAAAUCCAGUUGUGUGGAUGUUGAGUGGUGAGGUUUGUCCAUAAUGCUCUCCUGCCGUGGAUAAAGCUUCGACUGGACAGGAUCUCGCACACAGAAACGGUCAUUUGGGUGAAUACUGUAAUACACUUCCCCUGUGAAUUCAUACCUCAGCCACACUGAACACUUUCAGGGGGAAAAGAAAGGAAACCGAGUAGCCUAAUGAUGGAAUAUGAUUUAGGAGAGUGUGCUGGAGAGGGGUCCUGACAAACUGGGGUUCAAUUCAUCUUAUUAUGGAAUCGCUGUAUGGAAGUUUAUCUUCUGGGAAAAGAUUGGAUAGCAAAGUAUAUAAUGAAGGUACCUGCCUAGGUCAACAGGAGUAAAUAGGUAAUCUUCACAUUCAGCAUUUUCAUAUUUAUAUUAGGUACAAUACCUUCAGUAAAACAAAACAAAUUAAUAUUUAAGAAACAAGGCAGAUACGUUGCUGUCCAUGGUGUACAUAUAUUAAUUUGACUACUUUCAGGCAUCUUCUUUGAAAAUACAAUAUCUGGCUAAAUUAAUGCUCUAAUGCAUGUUAAGAAAACUAGACUGGCUACAGAAAACUGGACCUAAAUUUAAGCCUCAGAUGAAACUGUAGAUUGUUGGUUGAUUUCAUCACAGCAGUGGUAAGGUACUUCCCAGUAUGUUAAUGUUCCAAUCCUUUAUGCCUAAUCCUCUGAAGUAGGACCAAUCACACUGAUAAGACUGUUGAAAAUUAAAAUAAAAACUUUUCACAGAAACUUCCUCAUCAUGAAAGUAAAUUUUGCACUUCCUUAUCUCCAUCCUGCACAGGGUUCCAGUUGACCAAAUUAAUCAGAUGCAACAAGGUUUAUUUUGGAUAGGAGUACAUAAAUUAUAAAAGGGGUUCCCUCAUCAGGCAAGGCUAAAUCUAAAUAAAGGCUUCCAACAGAACUGUUGACAUCUCACAAUGCAGUUUCUUUUCUUCAAUAGACCAAACAAACAGCAAAA